GUGUCUCCAAUGUUCGGCUGCAUAUAUAAUAUAUAUGGAUUAAAAGCUAGCCAUAAGAGACCAUGAUCUUUUAUAAUUUAAUUGUUAUUGCAUGCUGUAAUUAAUUAACGAGAUCAUGUUAUUGAAAUAUUGAACCAUAUUAUUAAUGUAAGUUAUAGUCCUACGAAAGAUUAAUUAAACAUGCAUAUAGGCUUUUUUUUUAAGGAUCAUUACCAUAUUGGAAUGUUUCCUGCAUGCUUUUUUACUGUGCGUAUUUAAUAUAUAAUUUACUACUGUCACCAAACGCACCGACCCUUCCAACUAACAUUCUACUCCUUUUUUUAUCUUACCUUCUGGUCUUCAUCACCUGCACUGGGAAUGUUUUUUCUAUUUCUUUCCAGUAUUUAAGCGCCUCCACUUCACCUAUAUCUGCCCCAUUGCUUCUUCUUCUUAGUACAACUUCAGGUGUUCUAAUUGCUCUCUCUCUCUCUCUCUCUCUCUCUCUCUCUCUCUCUCUCUCUCUCUCUGUGGGUAAAAUAUGGCUGACUUGGAUCACAGUAGUUCUACUGAAACUGCUUUGGACUCCGAAGUACUUGAGGAGGCAAAGAAUAGCAAUCACGAUUCGAAGCUUCAAUUCUCAGAAGAUGAGGAGACGCUUGUUGUAAUAAUGUUUAAUCUUGUUGGCGAGAGAUGGUCUCUAAUUGCUGGGAGAAUCCCUGGAAGAACAGCCGAGGAAAUUGAGAAAUACUGGAAUUCAAGAUACUCCUCCAAAAGCGAAUGAAGCGUCUUUUAGAAAGAAAGACAAAUUGUUGAAUGGAAUUUAGAAGUUUGGUGCUAGCUAGGCAUAUGCAUGCAUGAAACUUGUAUAUAUGCAUGUGAUGCUUAUGAUAUUAUCGUUGCAUCUGCGACUCAAUUAAUGUGGUCAUGUUUAUCGCGUCUUAUAUAUAAGGGUUAUAUUCUUGCAUGCCUUCUUUUGAGGGUAGGAAUAAGUGUAUGCCCUAAUAUUAUAUAUAUAUAUAUAUAUGCAUGUAAAUAUUAUCAACCUAAUUUAAGAAUGCUAGCUAGUGAAAGUUUUCCUGUAUAUUUACAUGCCAACUACUAUUAGUUUUUGUUUGGUCUGUUACAUCAUGUAUAAAUGAAUGUGGAUUUCCUAA